AAUCUACAGCAAAAGACAAGUUCCCAGAGGGGUUACUAGGAACCAAAGCCACCAACAGCAUCACUGGAAAGCUGCACUUGCUCCCUCUAUUUGAUCCUCUUAAAGAAACCUACACGAUGGAAAGGGUGCUCUCAGGGUGAGAGCUAUAGAUUCACACAGGUCUCCCGAUGGCAGUGCCAAGCACACAGGAAUUGCCAAGGGUUGGAGGAGGGUCAAAGCAGACAUCCUCACGUUCAAGUGUGUCCUCAAGAACACUUGGCUGGGUUGAAAUAUUUAACUCCGGGGCUAUGCUGCUCAGAAACAGAAUGAGUUCCAAACACCCACCUCACCAGAAGUGGUUGCCAUAUCAUUUAGCAUCCCAUCUGAAAGAAGUGAACGAGAACUCCAUAUCACCUGGCAUCCUAAUCUGGGGCAAGCGCCGCCUCCUAGCUGCCUCCAGCGCCUUUCCAUGUCUACUGUGCCUUUGCUCUUAGUCCACACAUAAAAGGGGCAAGUGUUCAACUCGUUAAGAGCUGGGUGCACAGCUGCAUGUUGAGAUGCUGGAUCUGACCCUCAGCACGACCCGCCCAAAGCAACAAUAAAUCCUCAGUAACAUGGCCAAAGAGUCAGCAACAACUGGUAACUGUUGCCAGAGUUGAUGUUUUAAUGUAUUUGUUGUAACUGUGAUAGUUCCACUCUAGUCAGAAAAAUCCACUUAAAGAUCUAGAAUGUUCACCAGAACAUUUUGAAUUCUUUUCUACCAAAUUAUCCCAACACUUAGGAGACUGGGGCAGGAGGAGAGAGUUCCUUGCUUACACAGCAAGAUCAUGUCUCAGAAAAAAAUAACAACCAUAAAAUUAAUUGUAAGAAGAAGGUUGAGUCAGGAGACACCAGCCUGCCGUCCAGGGAGCAGCAUGUAACAGGCACACAGGUAAAGCCACGGAACAUGUGGCAACAUCUAGAUUAACAAAAAUGGGUUGAGUUUAAGUGUAAGAGUUAGUCAGUGAUAGGCCUGAGCUAAUGGCCAAACAGUUUUAAAUAAUAUUAGCCUGUGUGUGUUUACUUGGGUGUGAGCGGCUUCGGAAAUACAAGGACGCAGGAGUUGGGUGGACACAGAAUAACUUUAGCUACAAUUAAUAAUAUAAAUUAUCAAAGUAUGGAGAAGAGGGUAGAGAAUGAUGAAAAAAUCAGAUUCCAUAAAACAAACGGUCCUAGCCCAACAGCAAGACAUUUUCCCGCUUCCGUUUGUCAGCCCAUCCUGCAGAUAGUAACACAGUUCUGUUCUUCAGACAUGCUUAUUGUAGUCCUGUCUCACCUAGUAGCUCUUAGGGAAGUCAAUCUUUCAGUACAAGGCAAAAAUCAAGAGUAUAAGUAGUCCCAUGUGCCUUUCUCGCUCCCCGGCCAUCUUGGCGGCCGGUCUUGGUUGGGGGCUGUCCCGCACCUAAGGCAGGAAGAUGGUGGCCGCAAAGAAGACGAAAAAGUCUCUGGAGUCGAUCAACUCUAGGCUCCAACUUAUUAUGAAAAGUGGAAAGUACGUGCUGGGGUACAAACAGACUCUGCAGAUGAUCAGACAGGGCAAAGCGAAAUUGGUUAUCCUCGCCAACAACUGUCCAGCUUUGAGGAAAUCUGAAAUAGAAUACUAUGCCAUGUUGGCUAAAACUGGUGUUCAUCACUACAGUGGCAAUAACAUUGAAUUGGGCACAGCAUGUGGAAAAUACUACAGAGUAUGCACACUGGCUAUCAUUGACCCAGGUGACUGUGAUAUUAUUAGAAGCAUGCCAGAACAGACUGGUGAAAAGUAAACCAGGAAAGUUUUUCUUUGA